GAAAAAAUGGAUUCAAUAAUAGUAAAGACUACUCAGAGCCUUACGACGGCUGAGGACAUGAGAAAUCAAACUAAACUUUUAAUGCAGCCCUAUGCCAACUGGGAAAUGUAUCUGACUCCAGCACCUCUAUCUAUAGCCAUCAUGGGAGCGCUACUUUUAAUUUCUACCGCAAAAGAAUUCUAUAUUGAUAAAAAUAACCCCAAAAAUGGUUACAAAUUCAUUAAAUACCCAGAAUCCUUUCCGGCUUGUCUCAUGCAAGUGUGUAACACUGGUUUGUGGGCAUUUAACGAAGCCCAUAAGAACAUGGAUCAGAUUCGCCUCCAUACUGCCCAAGUCCCAGAUUACAUGAAGACCGCUGUAAAGAUUCUGUUCCAGGGUGAUGAUGAAGUUGUCAAGGCACAUCUUCCUGAUCAGUUGGACAAUAUCAGAGUCAUUGCAGAUGAAUGUUUCAAGUUGUCCGAUGCAACUGAGGAGUGUUUCAUCAAUGUCACCAAAAUUAUCCAGGAGUUGCUGGAGGUAUGCUUGAAUCGUGAAACAUUUUAUGUGGAUGAGAUAGAAACAAUUAAGAGGAAGCUAGAGGAGACAAAACUGAGAGAGCAGUCAGCUAAAGAAGCCAAAAGAAGGACUGAGAAGGCAGUGAGUGCCAGGGAAAAGGAGGAAUUAACUGAAAUCCUGAUCACUAUGAGAAAUUGUGAACAGAAAGAGAUUGAUUUCAAAACUACCAUAGAAAUGCUGGUCAAAGGAAUGGAUGCCAUGGGAAGAGUGAAGAGUCAGUGGGAAAUGAUGAUUCACUUCUUCCAGAUGGUUUCUAACAUUGUGAAAACCAGCCUGGGUAAAACUCUUACAAACUUUGUCUCAACAUCUGAGAAAACACAAGCCCUCUCCUACAACGCAAAGCUCUUCUCAAAAGAUCUCCUUUACGCUGAAGUUUUCCAAGCCUGUAAUAUUGCUAGUUUGGUCCAUAUGAUCUCUGGAACAUACACAGAUGUCUCCAACAAGUACCUGAUGGACCUCGUCAGUUCACUAGGUAAACUGAUGGUCAUGGAUAAAAGUAAGCCAGAAUUUGAGCAUGAGCGACAUCGGCUCCAGUUUGGCUGUGAUGAGGUACAAAAGGGCAUCUUAAGUCUUGUCCUGGAGAAUAAAGAGGAGUUUGACAGGAAAAUCACUGCAAGAUUCGAAAAGAUUUAUCAAGAGUUGCUUGCCAUUCUGCCUGCUGCUCCUCCAGAGCAAAUCAAAAGUAUUCAAGAGGUGGUUCAAGCUGGAUUCACUGAAGAAGAAGCAGCAUCGUACUAUUGAGAGAAUCUACCAAUUGAAUAUCAAAUAAAUUAGUACAAGGUAAUCCAGUCCAAGCUGAGAUUUAAGUUUUGUUGUUGUUACACGUAAUAGUCCAUAUAACCAAAUAAAAUGUAUAAACAUAUUACAUAAAAAAUCAGAUCCAUUGAUCAAACUGAACAAGAAACGUUAUCUCAUGAGGCUCUUAUAUAUUUGCAAGCCUUAAAUGCAGGAUUUAAAAAUCCUUAAUGUCCAUCCUGUCUUUGUCCUGAAUAUAUAUUUGAAGUAUCAGCUCUGCGAAAAUUUUUCAUUUCUUCAUUUAGCAGACAAAUUUAUCCAAAGUGACUUAAAAUUAAAAAUACAAGCUUACAUCAUAAAGAAGCAAUAUACAUGAGAAGCACAAUGUUUCCAACAGUUUAGAAUAGAACUGGGAGGGAUCAAGGGAAAGUGAUUU